UUUCUUUCCCUCAAUAAUUGACAUUGAAUUCGUGUUAAAUUUUGUCUUUUGUUUGAUCAAUUGAUUUGUGAUUAUUUACUAUUCUAGAAUCUUUAGUCUUUGCUUUUAAUAACUUUGAGUGUGUUCUUAAUUGUGAUUGUGAAUGUGAGUUGGUUUCUUUUUUGUUGUAUGAAUUGUAGUUUCACUGAAAAUGACGAAAACAUCAAAUAGUGAAAAUAAGAAAGAAACACCAACCAAACUGUUUCCAAUUUUCUAUUACAAAAAUGAUCCUGGUAAAGUGACUAAACCUCCCCGGACUCCUGGUUCUGGAUCGAAGAGGAAAAUUCUAUCCCAAAAACAGAAUAAAUCAGCAAAAUCUCAACGUGAUCAAUAUUUUAUCGAUGCUGGACAAAGAGAUUUUGAUAGUGUUCGGUGUAAAACAUGUUACAUGCUUUUCUCGCCCGGAGAAUAUGAAGAUGAAAGUGAACACAGUAAAUAUCAUGAUACUUUCAUUAAUUCCCUUAAAUAUACACCAUGGAAGCAAGAACAAGUGAUCAAGAGUUUUCCAGAUAAAUCAAAGAUUCUCCUGGUAAAACCAGAUCAUCCCAAGCAUAUGUUAAAAAAGGUUGAUGAGCUUUUUAAAAUCGCCGACAUGGAAUUGGGAAUCAAUGUCAGUCUAUUUGAUUGUGUUAAACCUGAUAUGGUUUUCCUUUUGUACAUUAAAAACAAUCGUAUUGUGGGCUUUGUGGUGGGUCAAGCAAUAAAAGAAGCCAAUGUAUAUAAUCCAUCUACUGGAAUGAUAAAUAUUGCCGAUUCAGUUCCAUGUGAAAUCGGAAUCUCCCGAAUCUGGAUCCAUCCAAAUUACCGUCGAAAUGGAGUUGGAACUCAUCUCAUUGAUUCUUGUCGUUACAUUUUCAAGCCUGAUUAUCCAGUGUCCAAGGAUAAAAUCGCCUUCACGGAUCCAACCGAAGAAGGUCAAGCUUUCGUAUUCAAAUACACCGGAAGAAAAGAUAUUCUUGUUUUUACCGUCGAAUAAUUUUUUUGUUAAUUCUCUUAACCACAAAAUCCACUGAAUACUUGCAAAAGAAAAUUGUUUCUCUCUCUCAUGCAAGAUAUUUAUACAAUUUUAUCGAACUUAUCGAAUUCAUUUGACAAUCUAACACCUUAUUCAAUUUAUUUUCGUAAAUUCUCAAUUAAAUGAGAGAGUGUGGCAAAAAAUAAUCAAUAAUUUCAAAAUGUUUUCUCAAUAAUUCAUUUGUGAUUUUAUACAAACAAAAAAUUCUUAUAAAUAACUUUCUUUCACUUCAUCUUCACUUU